AUGCGGAAAACUUCGGAUAUCCUCAGUGCAGAAGAUCAGCUUAGGGCAUUCUUCAUGGAGAACAUAGAGAUCUCUGAGACAUGCACGAGACUUCUUGAUGGCAUUGGUAGAUCGAGAUUCAUCAAUAAUCUCAGGCGUCUCCUCAAAAGAUACUACAAAGGCCAACUUCAAUUCGCACAAUUGCCACUAGAGAAGGCAUGCCUUAGCCUUCUCAAAAGGCGGGACACGCGAAUCCGAAUUGCAAUGUCGGUGGCAGACAAAUUACGACCACGAUCGGAUCAAAUACAGCUAGAAGUCGAAGACGACCUGAAGAAGGCUCAAGGAAUGCGGCCGAAUGUUGAGGAGUGGCUUCGCGGUCACCCUGCUUUCAGCCUCGACCAGAAAGAUCCACCGCCACCUAUCCAGAAUAGUGACUCAGACCAAUCUACUGAGAGCGAUGCCAGGUCGGGAGAGAUCACGGUAGAUCUAAAGGACCAGCUGAAACACAUAACUCGGGCCAGGAAAUUUAUGACAGAAGGCUUCGCAUUUCGUAAAUUCUUACUUGAUAUCGAAAUGAUGCUGUUACCAAAAAGCCUGAUCGGUACAGUGCGGACCAUUCUCUUCAUACCGAAUGACAGCAUACUUUGCGGCACUGAGGUUAGAUGCACCUAUUUUGACAGGUGCAAAAUCAAAGUUGAGCAGGUUACCCAUACAAGAUGGAAUUGGUGGCCGCUAGCUCCCGCGGCGUAUCCACUCGAAGAAGGGCAAUCUCGAAUUCGUUGGCAAGUGUUAUUGUUCGACAUCUGUCUGGGUAGAUGUUCCGACUCGCGAACUAGCUCGUUUCAACAGAAUUCUUACAAUCAAAGGACUAUUUGUCUAUGGGCACAACAUCUGCGGAGAACUUACUGGGGGAAAGAGGGAGAGCGACGAAAAGGCGCUUUCACUGAAAGCACACAAGGAAACGGCACAUGGUCAAGCCGAUACUACUGUCGGUCAACAGAUAUCCACGAGCGAAGCAUCGACGGCAUCUCAAUCGUCGUCAUCUACCACCUCAGCAGUGUGUUCUCCCGCUCCCACUCACAAAGUUCUGGAGUAAGCACCAUCGCUUCAUCAAGCCCAUCGGAAUCAUAUUCACUACCCGUUCCCCUUACGGAGUCAUAUGUCGUCCUCGGUAUUCAGCGCGAAAAGGUACUGAUUGAAUGUAUCGAUACCAAGGCAUACAGCGACGAUCCUCAGUUCUUCCGUGAAUUGAGAUGGCGCAACGCUUUUAGACGAGGUCCUGUUCGUCACUACCUAUCUAUCUGGCAAUUAGAUCACUGCCAUUUCGUGAAAUUCCGAAAGUACUCCUCAGAUGUCGUUAGCGCUGUGGCAAAAGAGCUUCCAACAAAGAGCGAUUAUCAGUACGACCCUCGACCUCCUGGAGCUACACCUGACGAUCAGAUCCAUUAUCACGUAUGGUUUAUGUUAGUAAACACGCCCUGCAGUGAAGCCUUUCUCCACCGCAAGCUGGGGAUGUGCCCUAAAUCCUGGCUUUGGAAUCAUCGCUGCGUGAAUCAUUUGAUGGAUAAGCAGCAACGAAUGCUCUCACGGAUUCCCAAGAAGAAUUCAUCAUGGAUGACGGGCACUCAAGAUGUCGAAGACGCAUGGGGCAUAUAUACUCAGCAUGUCCCCCAGUUCGGUUGCGAGGAUCCAGAGCCCAUAUUUCACCUAAUGCGCUUCUUCUAUAAGAAGAAGAAGAAGAAGAAGAAGAAGAAGAAGAAGAAGAAGAAGAAGAAGAAGAAGAAGAAGAAGAAGAAGAAGAAGAAGAAGACGACACUAGGAGUGGAUCGACACCGAUAUGGGUUCUACAUAAGGUGA